CACAAUAAAAUAUAUUGAAUUACUCCUCUUAAACCUACAACUGUUUAAUGUAAACUGAUUUAUUAUUUUUAAAUUACAAAAUAUCAGUGAAAGGGCGCUAUGGGCUUCUUAACAGUUCUGAAAAAGAUGCGUCAAAAAGAAAAGGAGAUGCGUAUUCUAUUGCUGGGAUUGGACAACGCAGGAAAAACAACUAUAUUAAAACGUUUUAAUGGCGAACCCAUUGAUUCAAUCUCGCCCACUCUGGGAUUUAAUAUUAAGACACUAGAGCACAACGGCUAUACACUUAAUAUGUGGGAUGUGGGUGGACAGAAGUCGUUGCGUUCCUACUGGCGUAACUAUUUUGAGUGUACAGAUGGUCUUGUCUGGGUCGUCGAUAGUGCCGAUCGUAUGCGCAUGGAAUCGUGUAAGGAAGAGAUGCAAGUGUUGCUUCAAGAGGAGCGCUUGGCUGGGGCAACGUUACUUGUCCUGUGUAAUAAACAGGAUCUACCCGGCGCCUUAAAUUCAAAUGAAAUUAAAGAGAUACUAAGUUUGGAUGACAUCACCACGCAUCAUUGGCUGGUAGUCGGAGUAAGCGCAGUAACUGGAGAGAAGCUGCUAAGUUCCAUGGAUUGGCUUAUAGAUGAUAUUGCUAAACGAAUAUUUACAUUGGAUUAAACGCUAAUGGCUACUUCUCUACCAAAUACAUUUUGUAUAAUUUCUCAUCAUCCUCACUGGAAAAGCUUGGCUUAAAAUUCACUUUGUGA